CAUGGAUGAGGGUUUAGGAGAGGCCCAAAAAAAUGGAAGAGGCCCAAAAAAUGAGGCCUAAUUUAUGACACGAAAGCUGUUCCAAUUAUAUGGAAAGCUGCAAAUGAAUGUCAAGGCCGAAUCCAUAUUCUCCAAUAAAGGUGUGAGACAGCAAAGAUAUCACUGACGUGUUUGUAUGGACAUGACCUUGACAUGUCAGCUUGGCCAAAUCUUAAAUUUGAGUUGAGAGAUUUAGUUGCCCACCAAACGACUCUGGUCAACGGCAAACGAUUCUGUAGCAAAGAAAACCAGUUGAACACACAAAGGAAGCAAAAAGCUGGACAACUGGAAAUCAACAAGGCAGAGUAGUAUACAAGGAGAUCCAUAUCCAGACAUAAGGUAUGCAUCUGAAUAUACUAAGUUCAAGAACUAGUGUUGAAUAUAUACAAACUUGACCGAGGGGAAGGCCUAACACCCAACAGGCAACAAGGUUGAAGGUCUUUUGCCAGGUGUAUUCAAGCGCAAAAUUGGAACUGAGGGGAACAACCUCUCGUAGGCAAGGAGGGAAGACUUUCACCGUCUAACAACUAUUAUUCUUAACUCCUCAUUAAGGAGAAAAUGACAGAGAUUAUACUAACCUCUGUCAUUGACAAGCUAGUUCAGCUUCUAAUAGAAGAAGCUCAACUCUUCAAAGGAGCACAUAAAGAAGUCAUGAAUCUAAAGAAUGAACUGGAGCUCAUCAAUAGUCUAUUUAAAGAUGCUGAUACAAAAAAAUGGGUUACAAGAGAACAGAGUGAGAGCUUCAGAGCUUGGUUCAAACAACUAAAGGAAGUAGCUUAUCACAUAGAAGAUGUCAUAGAUGAAUACCUUCUUCAUAUGGCAAAUCACCAUUACCGUAGUCGACGUGGAGCAUUCCUCAGUUUCCUCCAUAACAUUUCUCAUAAAAUCAAGGCUUUGAAAUUGAGCUACAACAUGGCAUCUCAGAUUCAAAAUAUUCAAGCAUCCUUACGUAAAAUCAAGGAUAGAGGUGAAACAUAUGGUUUGAGCCCCUUUGAUCAACAAGGAGUAGUUAGCAGAGGGAUGAAAGAUGAUAAACAAUAUCAUCAUGACCCUCGAUUGAGUGCCUUAUUUGUUGAGGAAAAUGAACUCUUAGGCUUCGAUACCAAAAGAGAUGAUCUGGUGAGGAUGUUGGUUGGAGGAGAUUCUAUGCGAACGGUAAUCUCAUUGAUAGGACAAGGGGGGAUAGGAAAGACCACUCUAGCUAAGAAGGUCUAUGACAAUGAAGACGUUAAAGCAAGAUUUGAUUUGCAAGCUUGGAUUAGUAUUUCUCAAUCAUACAACAUAAAUAAGAUACUAAAGAGCAUUGCAAUGCAGAUCUGCCCUGCAGCAUUAACAGAGUGUAUUAUGGAUGAAACGGACAUAUUGCCAAAGUUGAUUAGUAUUCUUAGACAAUGCCUGGAAACAAAGAGAUAUAUGAUUGUUUUUGAUGAUAUAUGGGACAUAAAUUUUUGGAAUGUUAUGAAACUUGCAUUGCCGAGCAACGACAAAGGGAGCAGGAUAAUUAUCACAACAAGAAAUGAUAAUGUUGCUGCUUGUUGUAAGGAAAAUUCAUGUGAUUUUGUCCUAAAAAUAGAACCUCUGUCUCAAGAAAUGGCAUGGGAAUUGUUCUGUAAAAAGGCAUUUCGUUUUGAGUUUGAGAUGCGUUGUCCUCGAGAAUUAGAGGAAUUGUCUCUUAAAAUUGUUAAGAAAUGCCAAGGCUUGCCACUUGUAGUUGCGACUAUCGGUGCUUUACUCUCAACCAAAGAGAAGGUUGUGUAUGAAUGGCAAAAGCUUCAUGAUAGUCAUGAAUCUGAGUUUGAAACCAAUCCUUACCUUUCGAGUAUCCAAGAAAUUUUUUCACUCAGUUAUGAUGACCUCCCAUACUAUCUCAAAUCUUGCUUCUUAUACUUCGGUAUGUUUCCUGAAGAUCAUGCCAUUGAGAAUUGGACAUUAUGCAGAUUGUGGAUUGCUGAAGGUUUUGUUCAGAAACAGAGAAGCAAAACCUUGGAACAAGUUGCAGAAGAAUAUUUAAACGAGCUCAUAAACAGGAACUUAAUUCAGACUUGGGUAGAAUUUUAUGCAUCAACUAAAUUGUGUCGAGUGCAUGAUCUGAUGCAUGAAAUAAUCUUAUCAAGGGUCAAUCAAUUUGGCUUUUGUCAAAGCGUUGGUCGCCACGAGAAUGACUUGAGGUCUAGAGAGAAAUUUCGUCGUCUAUCAAUUCAUAACACUACAAAAAAUGUUCUCCAGAAUGUAGAAGACCUUCGAGGAGUUCGAUCUGUUUUUCUUUUCAACAUUGAUAAAUUAGAAGAUAUUAAUGUUGAUUUGAUUAAGAAAUUCAAGCUUUUGAAAGUGUUACAUUUUUCUAAUUCUCCUCUUUGUUAUCUCCCCAAAGAAGUGGGGAAGUUAUCUCACUUGAAGUACAUAUCUUUGAGGAAUACAAGAAUAAAGACGCUACCAAAAUCCAUUGGUAGGCUACAAAGUUUACAGACAUUGGACAUUAGAAAUACUUCUAUAUUGGAUUUGCCAAUCGAAAUCAACAAUCUUCAAAAUUUACAAUGUAUUGUGGCGUUCUCCAGUAGUUUUGAAGUUGAGCACAGUUUGAAGGCAAUGGAAGGAGUGAAGAUACCUGAAGGGAUUGGAUGUUUAGAAGAUUUACAAACACUUCUAUUUGUGGAUGCCUAUCGAAGCGGGACAAAUGCCAUUAAAGAGCUUGAGAACUUGAAGAAAUUGAAGAUGUUGGGUAUUACAAAUUUGAGUGCUGAGACAGGAAAGACUUUAUGUCCCUGCAUUGAGAAGAUGAGCCAUCUUGAUAUGCUAUGUGUAUACUCUAUCAAUGAAGAUGAAGUUUUAGAUGUUCAGCACAUUUCAUCUCCUCCUUGUUUCCUAACUCAACUUUUCCUGAUGGGCAAGUUACUGAAAUUGCCAGAAUGGAUUAAGAAGGUUCAAAAUCUUCGCAGACUUGCAUUGAAUUUCUCGAGGCUAACGGACGAUCCAUUAAAAGUACUAAAACAUUUGCAUUAUCUAGAAUUUCUAGAUAUUCACGGAGCAUAUGAAGGAGAGGAGUUGCAUUUUCAGGAGGGAAGUUUCCAAAAACUCAAGCAACUUACUUUAGAGAAGUUGUAUAGAUUAAAGGUGUUGAAAAUAGAUGAAGGAGCAUUGCCUGUUCUAGAAAAGCUGUUCAUCGGACCUAUUCCACUAAUGAAGGAGGUUCCAUCGGAUAUCAAACACUUGGAGGAAUUAAAGUUUCUUAAAGUUUAUGACAUGCCUAAAGAAUUUGUGCUCGGAAUGCAGCCAGAUGGAGGCAGAGAUUAUUGGAAAGUUAAGCAUGUGGCAUGUGUUAUUUUCGGCUAUACAGUUGUAGCUCGAAAGUUUGAGAGUUACAAACUUGGUGACUCAGAAUUAUUGCAACGUUUGCAAGGAUGAAGAUGAUGAUGCUUAUAUUUCAUUGGAGUUUUACAGAUGGUGAUCAGCGGUGGGAUUUUUUUAAAAACAAAGGUUGACGGUGGUGAUCUGAAUGUUCAGCAAAACAAGAUGAGAUCAUUUUAGAGGAAUAAAAGUGUCUAUUUGAUGCUGUUUUAGCUGAUUGCUCUUAAUUUAGCUUGCAUGUUUUUUCUUUUUCUUUUCCUCUCUCUCUUUUUUUUUUUUUUGGCUUAAUGUAAACAGACUAGAAAGCGAAGAAAAUAAUUUCCUGCUGGUCUUAAUGGAGGACUUUACGUUGAAAUCCAGAGUUGCUCCUGAUUAAGGUUUUCCUAAUGAACAUUUCUGCCCGAAAGGCCAUCAUCCUUUUGGAGGAUUGUGGGUUUUUAUCCAUUUGAAUUAUAUUCAUAACUUGGAAUAAAAAGUUUAAAUAUUUUAUGAAUAGUAUAUUUUCAUA